GCCCUACUUCCGCAUUCGGCAGCAAGUGGUGCGCGCUGUUGGGGCCGGUUGGAGGAAUCCGCUCGGUUUGUGAACUGGAAGUUGUGUUUUGUUUUUAGACACAAGCUACACAACAAGCAGAAAUAUGAGUGAAGACUUUACGUCCGACUACACUGGUAACGAAGGCUUCAACUCCGGGGAGUCGUUCCCACAGGAAAAUGGCGGCGAUAAAGCAAAAGCCAAUGGCUCCGGAGACGGCGGCGGACGGGACAGUGGUGCUGCAGAGGCGCCUGGAAGGGAUGAUGAGAGGAAGCUGUUUGUGGGCGGUCUCAGCUGGGAGAGCUCCGAAAAGGAGCUGCGCGAGUACUUCGGCGAGUUCGGCGAGAUCGAGUCUGUGAACGUCAAGACGGAUCCCAACACGGGCCGGUCCCGCGGCUUCGCCUUCCUCGUGUUCUCUUCCACGGACGCCAUCGAGAAGGUGAUGAACAAGUCGGAGCACAUCAUUAACGGCAAGAAGGUAGAUCCGAAGAAGGCCAAGGCGCGUCACGGCAAGAUCUUCGUCGGCGGCCUCAAGCCCGAGAUGUCGGACGACGACAUCAAGAACCACUUCAGCGCCAUGGGCACGGUCGUCGAAGUCGAGAUGCCGGUCGACAAGGUGAAGAACCAGCGCAAGGGCUUCUGCUUCAUCACGUUCGAGCAGGAGCAGGUGGUGCAGGACCUGAUCCGCGUCGGCAAGACCAAGAUCAAGGACAUGGAGGUGGACGUCAAGAAGGCCACCCCGAAGCCGGACGGCAUGCGCGGAGGCAUGCGAGGAGGACCGCGCGGCGGCCGGGGUGGUCGCGGUGGCGGCCGGGGUUACGGCGGCGGCGGCUAUGGCGGCGGCUACGGAGGGUACGGUGGCGGAUACGACAACUACGGAGGCUACGGCGGCGACUACUACGGCGGCUACGGUGGCUACGGCGGCUAUGGAGGCUACGGCGGCGGGUACGACGGCGGCUACGGCGGCGGCGGCUACGGGGGCUACGGCGGCGACGGCGGCUACAGCGGUGGCAAGCAGCGCGGCGGCGGCGGCGGCGGCCGCGGCAGCUCCAGGCACCAGCCGUAUUAGGCCAGUCCCGCCAUCGCUGCCCCACCCUCCCCGCUCUUCAUCAACUCAUUGACGGCACCAGCCCAGCCGGUCCCGCUCGGGCCGGACCGCUCUCGCCGGGUGACGCGCCGCCCCCGCGAGACGGCGGAGCCGCCUCGGACGUUCGCUCGCUCGCUCGCUCGCCAGUGUCUCAGUGUGCCGACAGCGUCGGUGUUGUGUUGUAGUCCGCGUGCGCGCGCGCGAGGUGCAUAGUCGCCGCGGACGAGAAGUGCUUUGUGUGCCCUCGUCAUGAAUAUACGUGAUCACAGUGCGCAGAGCGCGUGUUUGCCAGGGCGGGUGAGAGGGCGAAGGGUGAGCGCGCAGCCUGCGUUCAUGUGAGUAGUGUGACGUUUUAGUUCUCGAGCGGCAGGCUGACCGUACGGCGUCGGUGGAUCUCAUCCAAUAAAUUCGUGUUUGAAGUCCA